CAAAAUCAUAGAAAUCAGAUAUUACAAACAUAUAUUUAUAUUCUAUAAUUUUAUGUUCAUAUUUAUAUUUUAUGAUUUCAGGUUCAUAUUCAUAUUUUAUAAUUAUGUUUUAUAAUUUCAUAUAUCAUCAGUCACAUGAGCUUUAAUUAAGAAAAUUUAUCAUUAGACUUGGCACUUUUUUAUUUUAACAUGUGACUGACAAAAUUUCAUUAAUAAUAUUCAUUCAGUCAUGCAAGAUUGUUAGUAGUGUGUAUCAAAGUGUAUGGAACACUCUUUGUGGACCUUGCUAUAGCAUUCGCUUUCGCUGAACGUGCCUGCACGUGCAUUACUCACACAUCACAAAUAUACACACAAACCGCACCAGCUGACUUACUGACGCAUUGCUACUCUUUGAUGUAGCCAGUCGGCUUUCCUGCUUCUUCGGGAGCGGUUUAAAUGUGUUUGAUCAUUUCUGUGGCAAAUAAGUGAUCAGAACAAUGCAUCUACUGAAGGAAAUUAUCAUUUUGAUGCUGGGUAUUCAGAUGAUUUCCUCUCAAUCAGAAGGUCUUCCAGGAUUUUUAGGAGGAAUUGAAAAUGUAGCCAACAGUGCUGGUAAUUUUCUUGACAGCGCUGCCUCGAAGGGUCUGGAAUUCAAAAUUCGAAGGGUUAUAGAGAAAAUUCGUGCUAGAAUGCCAUACGGAAUACCAGAGCUUGGUAUUCCACCUUUGGAACCGUAUCAUCUUGACGAACUGUACAUCAACGUCGACAAUUCGGAUAUAGGAAACAUAUCCAUUGUUUUGGAAGAUCUCUCGUUAUACAACUUGUCAACCUUCGUGGUCAAUAAGGCGAAACUAUCUUUGAUUGGGCCAAUAUUCGCGGCAAAUAUUUCAUUGCCGGAAAUACAUAUCGAGGGAUUUUACAAUAUAACCGGAGAUAUCGGAAAUACAGUCGAUUUGCAAGGUGCAGGACCUUUUAAAGCAAAUGUAUAUGAUUUCCAAUUGUAUGUGAACAGUUUAUUGGGAUUCAGAAAAGGAGUGUACUUGAAGACUUUCUACAUGGAUUUUUCGCUGAGAUCCAUCGAUAUCAAUUUGGAGAAUUUCAUGGAUGAUGAUGAACUGACCGACGUUAUGAACAAGGAGGCGAAACAUUUAAUACGAAGAAUCAAAAUCAGAGAUAGAAGAACUGCGCAGUUACAUAUAAGCAGUCCGAUGUGUAUCAAGUAAAUGGCUAGUCAUUGAUAAUUGAUGUCAAUGAUAACCGGCGCUGUUCAGAUUAACGAUAGGCUGGUAACCAGAUUAUGGGAAAAGUUAUCGAUUCGUCAAUUAAACUGUCGUAAUGCCUUUUUAGAGAAAGAAGAAAAUCCUGAUUUAUGUACUUUAAGGUUCCAAAAUCCACAGCCCGAAGCGAUGUUCCUUUUCGAACAUACAACUUGAUGAAAAUAAUAUUUCUCUGUCUGAACAACAUGCUCUUCUAUUUUUUACUUCAUGACCUGAGUCAACGAAAAGCAACAGUUGGUGGACCUUCUGAGCGACAAGGAAAUAACUAUUCGCAAGUAUUGCCGUGACGAGGAUGUAUAGCUCGCGUGGAAUGAGAGAGAGGGAGAGGGAGAUAGAGAAAAAGACAGAGAGAGUAACUUGGAAAUCGCACAUGCGUAAGAUUCGACGAUAUAAUAAAGCCCCAGAGGAAGCAGUAGCGCUUAAACGGCGCCCGGCGUCGGACGUAUUUGUGUGCUGGUAGAGACAGUUGGUUACUUAACGCAUAAAGAAGAAAAAAAAAAAAAGAAAAAUAGUUA